UUAGAGUCGGCUCAAAUUGUGUACAUCGAGAUUGUUAAUUCAUAUUGCUGAUGUUACGUGUAGUACUAAACUGUUCAGUUGGUGUUUCAGAAUGAUACAGAGUUUGAAAGGUAUAAGACACUUAAUGACAUCGUCCACAAUGAAACAUGCAGUUUCAGAGUUCAACAUGCCCGUGCCAUGGGGAGAAAUCCGAGGCAAGGUCUGGGGUCCUGACCAUGGCCGUCCUGUACUUUGCCUGCACGGGUGGGCUGACAACUGUGGAACAUUUAACACCCUUGUACCCUUACUGCCACAAGACUUCCGGUAUGUAGCUGUAGACAUGGCUGGUCACGGCCUCUCCUCCCAUCGUCCUCCUGGGGUCUUUUAUUCCUUCCCCUCGUACGUGGCGGACAUUCGGCGAGUCAUUGACGCUCUCCAUUGGAAGAAGUUCUCCAUCAUAGGGCACAGCAUGGGAGGCAAUGUAGCAGGAAUGUUCAGUGCCUUGUAUCCAGAGAUGGUGGAGUCGGUAGUGCUGCUGGACUCUUAUGGAUUCUUACCCACAGAUCUGAAAGAAAUCGGGCAGGUGAUGAGACAGGGCUUUGAUGAAAUGCUCCGGUUUGAGAAAAAGACCGAGGAGAUGAAGGAGCGGGUGUACACCCAUGAGAAAGCCGUGCAGAGACUCAUGGUUGCAAACCCCACUCUGUCCGAGCAGUCUGCCUGCAUUCUUUUAGAACGAGGCCUGGCAGAGGUGGAAGGGGGAGUGGUUUUUACCCGUGACUUUCGGAUCAAUCUGAAAAACAUAGCGCGAGUCAGUCUGGAACAGUGUCUAGAGUUGCAGUCACUAAUACAAGCUAAAGUACUAUUAGUACUAGCUGACGAGGGUUUUGAGAAGAUGUUUUCAGAACCCGAUCAGAAGAAAUUUACCUCUGCUCUUAUUCAAGGCUACAAGGAUCACAAAGGCAUCGUGAUGACAGUCCCUGGAGAUCACCAUGUCCACCUGAACAGUCCUGAGAGAGUGGCCACGUUCGUAGCCGAUUUCCUCCAGUCCAACUCUUCCUCAUACGUCUCUGGAGAGGAAGUCGCAAAGUUAUAACAGACACAAACACUUUACCAGCACACUCUCUUACACAGUGAGAUGUGCUUUAACGGUCAUUCUAAUCGGGUCACAAAACCUAAAAUACUCACACAGUACUUUUGUACUAUAUAAUUGUACUACUGCAUUAAUGUGUGCCUUCGUAAAGUGAGUAACUACACAGGGCUACUAAAAGUCACUUACGUGCUUCCAAUCUACUCAUGAACAACAUUUCUUUCCUAAUAUACUAGUAUCCUAAUAUUUGUAACAUACUGUGCCAAUGUUUUGAUCUUUUUAAGAAACUUGUCUAGUGGCGACUUAUUCAUGUAUGUUUUUAAGCAGUUCCUUGCUACUGUUCUGUGGAAAUGUGUUGAGUUAAAGAAGUGCUUUUCAACUAUAGGUUGUCAUGUACUUAUGUUCACUAGUCCAAUGCAAAGUCACCCAUUCUCCCUGCUUGUCACCCAAUAAGACAUCUUUGCCUUUGAAGUUAAUCGUUGAUGUGGCCCCUAGCUCUAACUGGCAAUUAUGACGCAAGGGGGAAAGAAAAAGGUUCUUCCUGAUCCAAUUUUGUAAUAAGUAGGUCAUCUUUUACACUGUUUAAUCUUGGAUCAGUCCUUGUUUCACAGUACAUUGGUUCUUUGUUUUAUAGAGCCUUGCUCCAUAAAAGGGUGGCAUAUUGCUUGAGCCUUGUGAUGAUAUGUGGAUUGGCAAGCUGACUAAUAUGUCCCUGCAGCUCAAUGUCACAUAAACUGGCGCAACGGCCUCUACAUUAAAUGAAGCGGAAUCGAUUUUCUACUCGGGAGGCAGAAACCAUCCAGAGACAUUUGAAGGACCCCCCUCCCUCCUUCCCCCAAAACAGAAAAAAAGAUGAUGGGUUAUGUAAGUUUUCCCCUCCCACUCCCUUCAUCCUCUUGUCAUCGCCGGGGCGGAUGUUGUCAUGGCAACGCUCAUCCCCCCCCCCUGACACAACUCUCUUUCUUCCCGUGUGACGUCAGAACUCAGAGCCGUGUGAAGCUGCAUGCAGCUUCAUCCUCUAGAUCACCUAGGAUUCUAUAUCGUAUCACAACCACUGUCGGAAAUGCGUUAGAUCCGCCAGUGGUCUGAAUACCUAUAUCUAAAUGAUUGUUGCUCCUCAGCCUCCUCCCAUAACGACAGAGAGAGUAUAUUAAAUCCACCAAGAACUACGGAAAAGACCACA